ACGUAUUCAUCUCGAUCUACUGGUGUUAGGUCAAGGGUGAAUUUCACUACUUUAUAAAGUUAUCCGGAUUAUGAAAUGAAUAUCAGUUAUUGCUUUUCACUUUACAGUGUAAGAUUAUUAAGUUGACACUGCAUUAUGGCUUCUAAAUUAGCUCCCCAUGGGCAAACUACCAGCAAACUGGUUACGCUGCUAGAUCCGUCCGAGAAACUCCGCCCGGAAACAAUAUAUGCGGGAAAAUUGGAGAGUCAAUUCAGAAAUUACUACGAAGACCCCAACGACCCAAUUAAAGAGAGAGUUCGAAAUACAUAUCACAAAAUGCAUAAUAAUCAAACAGUUGAUUUUGUUCGCUCACGGAUGGAAAAUUGGCUUAAAUUUGACAAACUCAAAAUGACUGUGAAGGAGGCUUUAUUAAAGUUAAAUGACCUGAUAGAUGAAAGUGAUCCCGACACUUCCUUACCAAACAUUAUUCAUGCUUUCCAAACAGCAGAAUCAAUUAGAGAAAAACAUCCAGAUAAAGAUUGGUUCCAUUUAACAGGAUUGAUUCAUGAUUUAGGAAAGGUAAUGGCUUUUUAUGGUGAACCCCAAUGGGCUGUAGUUGGAGAUACGUUUCCUGUGGGAUGUGCCUGGGCAGAUUCAAUAGUCUAUCGAGAUACAAGUUUUGAAAACAAUCCAGAUAGCGUAGAUAAACGGUACAACACUAAGUUUGGCAUGUACAAGCCAAAAUGUGGUCUAGAUAAUCUUAUGAUGUCCUGGGGCCAUGAUGAAUAUUUAUAUCGCGUGCUAGUUCACAAUAAAACAACGUUGCCCAAGGAAGCUUUAGCUAUGAUACGUUAUCAUUCAUUUUACCCUUGGCAUUCUUCAGGAGAUUACAUGCAUCUUUGCAACGAACAAGACCAUGAGAUGUUAGAAUGGGUUAGAGAAUUUAAUAAACAUGACUUAUAUACCAAAAGUGAAACAAUACCAGACAUUGAAAAACUUUGGCCUUAUUAUGAAAAGCUGAUUGCUAAAUAUAUACCUGGGGUUUUAGAAUGGUGACAAAACAUCUUUAUUAUCAAAUAAUAUUAAUUUUUCUUCAAUAAUAUUGACAGAUAUAAAUAAGAAAUCAUCUUAGCAUAGAUAGGAAAUGAUUAAAUUGUACAAACUUGACAUAAAUGAUAAUAUAAA